UUCAAACGAUUCAUUCGUUUGGCAAUCGCAAAAGCGAACGCUUCGCACCACACACCGUAGAAAGAACAACAAAUUAGAGAAUACACAAUUUCAAACACAUUAUGGAUAUAUUAGUACAAAAGCCAAUCUUCUGCCACAGCAGCGAGUUCUACGAGCCGCCUCCGAGUGAUUACUUUACGCCGUACAAUACGCCGCCGUACAUAACAUCGCAUCCGCAACCGCAACCGCAUCCGUAUCUAAGUUCAGGAGCUGCUUCCGGAAGCUGGCUGGGCGAGCAGAUGCAGUACCUCCGAUUUCCGACGCCGCCCAUAACACCACCGAGGAUUGUCGUUCCCGUUCACGUUCCCCUUGCCACACAGUCCGAGACCAGAGAGUCCGUCAUCAUGAAGUGCACAAAGAGUUCCAGUUCCGGUUCCGGCUCCGGCUCCGGCUCACGCUCUCCGACGGAGUCCUGCAGCGAGCAGAGCAGCGGCAGCGAGUGCGACUUUAACUGCAAUUGGCAAGAUUGCGGCAGAGUGUUUGAAUCGUUGGAGGCACUUGCUCAGCACGUCACAUUACGUCAUGCGAUUGCCUCAUUAUUGGAUGGACUCUAUUAUUGCCGCUGGGGCGGCUGUCAGCGCAGUGAACGUGGCUUCAAUGCCCGCUACAAGAUGCUCGUCCAUGUGCGCACCCACACCAAGGAGAAGCCGCAUCGUUGCCAUCUCUGUGAGAAGUCCUUUUCCCGAGCGGAGAAUCUCAAGAUUCACAUACGCUCGCAUUCGGGCGAGAAACCGUACAAGUGUCAUUUCGAGGGCUGCCAGAAGGCUUACUCCAAUUCAUCGGAUCGCUUCAAGCACACACGCACUCACUCCAUGGAAAAGCCGUAUAUGUGCAAGGUGCCCGGCUGCCAGAAACGCUACACGGAUCCUUCGUCCUUGCGCAAGCAUGUGAAGACGUUCAAGCACAGCAUUCAGCUUAUUGCCAGCCAAAGUUCCACCUGUCUGCUGGAUGCCACCGAGCACUCAUCGUCCUACACUUGCCUGCCUCUGACUGCACCCGUAUCCGUAUCCGUGCCCCUGUCCACUUCCUGUGUGGAGUCGUCACCCAGCUCUCGCUGUUAUGACAGCGACAAUGUCGCUAGCGAUUAUUCGCUGAGAGCCAAGCAUCAUAACGAGUACACAUCCUCCGAUUACUGGCUACAUCCGAGGGAGCACAGCUAUCGCUAUCUACAUAGCGAGGACUAUGCUAUGAAUAUGGAUCUGGACACGCCCACGCCGCUCGAUCUGCGCAUCCAUAGAAGUUGAAUCACAAGUCGCUGCUGUCGUCGUGUUUCUCUCUAGUCAUCAUCUUGUCAUUAAUCUUAGGUAAUUGUUUAAUUUUCAACAAAGACUGUUUUUGUAUAAUUCGCGUUAUAUCACAACAUUUAAAAUAAUUUUAAUGAAAUACAAAUUUGUAAAUAAAA